AUGGCGAAUCCAAGCCACUCCGAAUCAACGCCUUCUCACGGGUUACUCAGACUUGUCCGCAUUCGAGACAUACCAAAGUCAUGUCAUGAGACCGCUGUUGACAAACUCCACGCUUUCCUCACCUCCUUGCUAAGUAAGUUGUUUCCGACACGAGAACUGUUGCCUAAAUCCACAUCUCGCCUCCUUGUUCAGUUGUUUCCGACUGUACGUUGCGGUAACCGAUCUUGACGUACUGUUACGUAGAAGAGUAGGUAGUUCGCAUAAUCACUUGAAGCUCGCCCAUCAACAGUGACUAACAGUUCCGCUUUACUGUGAAGUGUAUAUACAGUUUUCUUACCGUGCAGAGGAGAGACAGAACUCCGUCAAGUAUCUUGCGGUCGUCCUCAUAUCUGCUCCAAUUCUCAAUCUUCAUCCUCGAAUCUCGAUCUUAAUCCUUGUUCCACGAACCUCGAGAAUAUAUCGGAAACUUCCUGUUUAUUCGUAUAAUUAUCCCGAAGUCGUUCUGACAACAAUCUCAGUACUCCUGGGACGUCGAGACAUCAAGCACGAGUUGAAACUCGACACAAACAUGGCCAACGAGCAAUACCGUGAUCUCUUGGAAACCAAGCGUCUCGAGAUAGUGAAAAGUAUCAACUGUGAGCGAAGUCUACUGCUUAACCACUUGCGUGCAAAUCAGGUUUUUGAUCAGGAAGAUUGCGAGCUGAUACUAGCUAAGACUACAAACGAUGCUAGGGUCGGGAAACUUAUAGAUUUCCUGCUCAAGAAAGGCCCCGAUGCUUACCAGUGCUUUCUUGAUGUAGUUCAAUUCGACAAUCCGACAUUGUUUGAAUCUUUAACUGGGGAGAAAGCAAGUAGCAGUAAGUUGCCUCAUUGUAUUACAGAAAUUAUUUAUACACGACUGUCUGCUUCUAGUGUACGUAUAGCGAUGAACAAUAAUUCACUUCAACUUGAAUAUAUGUUCUUCCAAUUUGACCUGAUAGCUCAAUUGCUAGUUUCGUCGGCUAAGCAGAUUUUGUUUGACGUAUAUGUCAAGUUUAUGAUGACAGUAUAUAGUGUUUUUGUUAUAAAUAUGUGGUAUCAAAUCGUCCUUGAUGGUUGGCUCGGUGUUAAAUUUAAAUUUAAAAUACGUUCUACUGCACGAGCUUAGCCUUGGUUGAAGGAUCUAGCCACUAUACUGGCAUCUCGGCGAAGAGCCUUCGCUCGAAUCGGCGAUGUUUUGCUUUAUAUUAGAUAUUCAGAUCUGUUGGUGAAACUGUGGGGGUUAUUUGGGGUCGUAUCAAUGUGUAGAACGGCUAUAUCAGAACUAUCCUAGCUUUCUGGGUACAUCAACUCUUUAUUAUUCAGAGGCUUAGAAUCGACUGAAUACAAAAAUGAAACUUGCCCUAGAUAUUGAAUCAAUAUAGUAAUUUAAUCCUGCAUUUAAAAUCUUACAUGAACGAUGACAACACUGUCAGUUGUUUGUAGUGUGUUGGUAUAAUAAGUGCAUAAAUGUAUACAUGAAUAAAAUAUUUCAGGUUUUUACAUAUACAAUAUCUUUUAUACACGCAAUCUAUUUCCAGAAUAUCGCCGUAGGCCGCUGUACAGAGGCUAUCACAUAUUGUAUGAGGGGAUAUAAGCGAUAUCUAUAGUAUUGAUACUGUAACAUGCAAAUAUAAGUUUCGAUUCCAUGCUGUGCGAGCCUGUGUCCUACCCAUUAUUAAUAUAAAUGUCGGCCGGCACCACCACUGCCAAAAUGCCAGGAAAUUUUCUUACAGCUUGCAUUUUUAUAGCCUCCUCCCCAGGCAACUCUUUGGCACAGAGUCUUUGGCAAAAAUUGGCAAAAGCAUUAUGAAUAACAGCGAAUUUAAAGUUAGGGAUUGUUAUGUAUCAGUAAUACUAGAAUACUUUUGCCAAAGAGUUACCUGCGGAGGAGGCUAGCAUUUUUAUUUCAUCUUAUAUACUUGAAUGCCAAAAAUAAUUCAUUGAUUAUUGUUGAAGAAUUCCUACUCUCAAGUCGAGAUUGUGUUUCAAGAUUGACGUUUAUCACAAUGUGCGCGGCACCAUAUACGUUCUCUAAAAUCUACAUACACAGGAAGUGUAGUUGAAAAAUAUAGAACAAAACAUGACCGAAGAUUAGCAUCUUGAAACCCAAAAUAUGAGGCAAACAAGAAAGUGGGUGAGUUUCUCGUUUGACUCAUAUUUUGGGUUUCAAGAUGCUAAUCUUCGGAUUAUGUUUUGUACUAUAUUUUUUGAAAUUGUCGGCUGGUAUUGGUUUUUUCUUUUAUAUUUGACUCGCACAGGAAAUUUUAUACUAAUAUUAAUAUGACUAAUGUGGGUUGAAGUAAUGUUUCAGUAAUAUAAACUAGCAUAAUAUUUGUCGUUAUAUGAAUACAAAUUUUGUUACAGCACCAAACAGCACCAGCUAGGAAAUUGCGAGUAUAAUUAAAAAUGUCAACAUGUAUAGUUUGCAGGACGGAAAUAUCGGCUUUAUAGUAGUAAUGUUCCAUCUUUAUACUUGAAACAAGUAUAUUAUACUUGAAACAAGUAGUAAUCGUAGUGUUAGAAAUGUUUUAGUGAUGAUUGCGAAUAAGAAUAACGUUUUCUUAAUACAAAUGUGUUUGUUCAACAAGUACCGCAACGAAAGUGUAGGUAUUGAAAAGUCAAGUGCUUGUCAUGCUAAUGACAAAUGGCCUCCUCCUAUCCGUUAAUCCUAAUAGUUUAAAAAAUCAAAUUCCAGUGAAUAAACUGGCUAAUAUAAUUAUACUCAUAAGUCAUAAUGGGCUCCUUUAUACCUUAAUUGUUGUAUAUUCAUAUCUUUGAAUUCCUGUGACUGUAAUCAUUGGAUUCUUGUGACUAUGUAAUUAUAUCGAUAUGUUUAUAUCGAUAUGUUGGUUAUUCAUGACAGGGAGAUACUGUUAGAAGGAAAUGAUAGCUAUUGAAAUAUUAGCAGCCUUGGAUGUGUUUGUUCUUGCCAACGUCAAAAAAAAGUGAAAACACUUAAGUAUUAAGAUACUCUUACAGUUGGAGUGAAGCCCCUUCCUCAUUACGCGCAUAUUUUAUUUGCUCUUGGACGUUUUAUGGGCUACAUAUUGUUAAAAAUGUUAACAUAAUCUGAGACUGAAACACUCAUUAAAAUUAUAAUAAGUAUGGAAAGGAACAAACCACGCUACGAUUAGGGCAUAACUAUAUGCAAUAAAAUAUUUACCUUUAAUAUUAAAAACAAAUAUCUCAAGUCAACAUCUAUGCGCUGUUUGCGGAAUUUAUGCUGUGUGGGGGACGUGACGGAUUUCCAAUAUUAAUGUCAAUACAUGUGUAAACUGCGAGGCGGUAUUUCACAUUUGAGUUGGCACUCGCUUAAACGUGCGUCAUCAAUAUCAAUGUUAAUAGGAUAAGUACGUGGCAGAGUUUCAAACCACGUAGCAUUUCUAAUACGUUCGUAGGCAACUCUACCUUUUUGGGGCAAUUUUCUUCUCUCACUUUUGGUCAUUGAGCGUCAUUCAUAGAGAUUUACUCCAUCUUCAGGUAGUUCAUCUGAGAUGGAGUAAAUCUCCGCAACGUCGUUGGGUAAUGUAAUAAACACACUUAAAAAACGUCAUUCUGUAGUCUACACCGCUUUGAACACAAAUAAUGAGGCUUAGGGAAAGUUUGUUUCCUAAACAUUUUGUUACGAAUGUCUUGAGAACAUUUCAGAUUGUUUAAAAUGUCUAAUUCUGAACGAUAUGAGUUGUGAAGUAAUAUUAACACACUGAUGUUGUCGAAGCACAAAACCAAUUCAAUGAAAAGGACUUUCGAGAAAUGAAUGAAUAAUGAAAUAAGGAAGAUUUGGGGAAGAAAUUGCUAGGGGGAGGGGGGUUCUAUAGAAAAAUAUAAUAGCCUAUUAUUGCCACAUGCACGUCAAGCAAUCCUGUUUGACUGUAUUUUAACGUAUUAUGGUUGAUUACCGUGCAAAAAGAUGUUUUAAAUAAAUAAAUAAAUACUUGGAUUGUGGACUUGUGAAAUUUUUGAAAGCCUUCGUGGGAAAUCUGGUCAUAUUUUUAAAAGUUCUCUUCUACGUUCAAUAUCUUCACGGAAUUGUACGAAAGAAAAUCUACUCCACACGUCACUAACCUGAGAGGAAUCCACUCCAGACGUUAAUGGCGUAAUUCUCUUUGUUUAUUUCUGUUAUCAAUGACCAUGUCUUUGGCUCGUGCUUUGCAAUACGAGAUAUAUCCCCCUCCAUACGAGAAAUAUCCCCUCCAUACGAGAAAUAUCCACUCCAUACGAGAAAUAUUCACUCCAUACGAGAAAUAUCCACUCCAUACGAGAUAUAUCCACUCCAUACGAGAAAUAUCCACUCCAUACGAGAUAUAUCCACUCCAUACGAGAUAUAUCCACUCCAUACGAGAAAUAUCCACUCCAUAUACGAGACGUAUUCACUCCAUACGAGAAAUAUCCACUCCAUACGAGAAAUAUCCACUCCAUACGAGAAAUAUCCACUCCAUACGAGAUAUAUCCACUCAAUACGAGAUAUAUCCACUCCAUACGAGAAAUAUCCACUCCAUACGAGAAAUAUCCACUCCAUACGAGAAAUAUCCACUCCAUACGAGAAAUAUCCACUCCAUACGAGAUAUAUCCACUCCAUACGAGAUAUAUCCACUCCAUACGAGAUAUAUCCACUCCAUACGAGAAAUAUCCACUCCAUGUACGAGAAAUAUUCACUCCAUACGAGAAAUAUCCACUCCAUACGUCAUUGACUUUUUGACUUACAGCCAAGCAUCAAUGUGUGUUCGCUUUCUCUUUUUGUUGUAGCGGCUACCUCUUCGCCGCCCGCGCAUUCACUCCCUAAUUUUCCCCGCCCGCUCGUUUCCGGACUGCCUGUGGAGGCGGUAGUCUAACUCGUGAAUCUCCGGUUCCGAUUUUCCUUCGUCUGUUGCUCGGUGGAGGCUGUAUUGUCACUCCACCAUUCUUCUGCUAGCCAGCUCCGAUUCUGUCCAUCCUUCAUCCACCUGUAGUUUCUUGAUCUUUAGAUCUUUACCCAGUUUAACUGCUCUAGUCUCAGACUAACGGCCAGGGAUGGCUGCUCCUACUCUUGUAUGUCUGUUCUUUGUCAUGUCCAGCGUCUUGUUUAGUCGCUGAUUAAGCGGAGAUCGCCUGCUCGUCCCCCAUCACGUCCCUUCUCAUGUCCACCGUCUCGUACAUCUCGUCUUCUGUGUCUCUAACGUCGUCUCGCUCCCUGUACUCUUGUUUCUAUCCGGCCAUUUAAACAAAAUACCUGUUUCCGUAUUUGCGUCCUACGCCUUGGAUGUAUACUGCUGUGCCGUGCUAGAACACACCUCAACUGAAAGAACUUUUUCUCUCUGUUUAUUGUUCUUAUCAAUAUAAUGAGCGUGAAUUUGUUUGUGUUUUAUUCCACUAUACAUGUUUCCAUGGCUGUCAAUUCCUUUCUUGCUUCCCACAUGCUUCGCCAUGUUUCUAGAUCAUCCACAAAACACCGACCACCACGCUUUCAAGUUAGGAGACCCGGGUUCAAUCCUUGGUUCGAGCUCUACUCAAGGUCUUCAAAUAAUUGAGAAGAAAGUGCUACCUUUACAUUCACAUCUGUAGUGGUUAGACUUUCGCGUCUUCUCGUAUAAGGAUGUUAAAUCGUAUGUUACAAUAUAUAUUGUAACAUUAUCUGGGCUAAAACAUAUAGUACAAAUUUAGGAAAAAUUUUUAAACUACAAAAACGUAUGACACGAAUAAUUGCUAACCUUGGAUUUAGAGACCACACAAAGCCCUUAUUCUAUAAGCUGAAAUUAUUGACUGUUUAUGACAUAAAUAAAUACCAAACUGGAGCCUUUAUAUUUAGAUGUAUUAACUAUCCUCGUACUCGUUCAUAAUGAUGAAAUUCAUAACUAUAAUACCAGAACUGCCAGCAAAUUGCAUAUCACUCAAGUAAGAACCACAACUAGAAAAAUGACCCUAAGACAAAGCGGGACCCUAUUCUGGAAUUCGCUUGAUGACACUAUCACUCUGUCAAAAACAUUAAAAUCAUUUCAAAAAAAGCUCAAAUAUUUAUUGUUUGAUGAAAUGAUGAAAAGCUGAAUUAGUUUAUUUUGGAUAAGAAACCCUGCUCAGUUUGUACUCGACCUUGGUAAAAUUGGUGAUUGGCAUUCUCUACAAACUCCCUGGAGUUUUCUUCUGCCAAUCUUCAUCGAUAUUACAUUUUACUCUUUCCUUCUAUUUUAUAAUUAAAUUUAUAGCUUUUUCAUUAUAAUAUGUAUCCGUCUGUUUAAAUAAUCCUACCUGCUUGUAAAUAUUUGAAUAUGGUAAAUAAAUAUUGAUUGAUUGAUUGAUUGAUCCCCUAUCAAUUGGGCAAUACAGUAACCUGUUAGGAAAUCCGCUCACCAAUGAGUGUGAAACUCAGAUAAAGAUCUUAUCAUGUUCUCGCUAUCAAUGGCCAAUGUGGUUUGUGUUGACGUUUGCCGUGUUCAUCAGCAUGUUGUCGAGGAUAUCUAAUCUCGAUUCUGAUCUCGUGGCGUGCUGCUUCUGUGUCUCUAAUACUUCCUCAAAACUUAAAGGCACAGUUCAGCCUUUUGAAUGAUGAUUUCUAAGGCGCAUUUCAGCCCUUUUAAUUGAAAAACUAAGUAGGAAAAUCAAUUAUGCAUAAUUCAAGAUCAGCAAGCUUAAUGUUUUUAACAUUUUAAAACAUUUUUAUUGUUAAAAACAUUGAGUUUACUGAUCUUGAAUUAUGCAUAAUUGAUUUUCCUAGUCAGUUUUUUCGAUUAAAAGGGCUGAAAUGCGCCUUAAAAACCAUCAUUCAAAAGGCUUAACUGUGCCUUUAAAGAACUUUGUUAUUUCUUACCUUUUUCAAUAGAGCUUAUAACAACUUAGGUACUGACCACUCCGGUCAAAAAUCCUCACUACUGAGGGGCGGCCAUAUCGGAAAAUAAUAAUAAUGUGUUUUGAUCUUUGCUUUCCCCGUUAGUUUCGCUUUGUUCACUGUGAACACACACAUGUGACCAUUAAGUACCUGGACACGACACGUGCAAUAUUGGAAGGGUUACUUUCGAAAAUUACACAGAGUUUUCGAUUCCGUGUUGUACCAGCAAGCACUUCUGGUUCAACUUACACCUUACUUAUCCUUCUUCCAGUCCUAAAUUCCUAAUCCUAACCGCGAGAUAAUAUCAACUCUGCUGUCAGACACUUAAAUUAUAAUCCACACCUAAAUAGCAAUCAUAAUCAGUUAUCCUUGCCCUUAUCUUUCGGAGAUAAGACUUGCAGUAUUGCGAUUUGCGAACUUAACGUAUUUUGUCGUUGACAAGACAAACGUCGUUGCCCCGGCUCCCCUGACAAUGUUUGGGGUAAUUAACAUUCACAUCAGUUCAUGGGGGAGUGUGGCGUGGCCAAGCUAACCAUGGCAACUGGUCAUGCUAAGCUAAUAAACCUUCAUCUAAAUAUGUUAAAGACAAUACAUUUCUAAAGAGUAGCAUCACAAACAUCAUAUUCACCUGAGUACAUAACACCAAUACACAACGAAAGUAACAUUUCUAAAGGUUUGAAUAUUGCAAAUCAUUAAGAAUUUGCAUAGCAUGAUCUGUUGCUAUGGCUAGUUUCGCCAUAGAUAGGUUUCGGGCGUAGCUGGCAAAUAUCAUUAAAGAUUCUGCGAAUUUUUUAUAAAAGGAAGGUAGUCCCAACCAAUUAUGCAUAAGAUUGUAAUUUCCUUUCUACUUUUUAAAGCGAGCAUUCAGAGCAUGCGGAAAAGUGUGAUAUAUGCGUGGCUGUAAUAGCAAUGACUUGUGCAAGCUGUAAAUUUCCUGUAUAUCAUGACCUGUUUUGUACGCCGCUGCAUGUAUUAAUAUAAAUAACCAAGUUGGCAAAAUGUCAUAAUAUAAAGGAAAUUAUAAACAAACUUAAAAAUUCUUUAAACCUAUGAAAAAGACUUAGUUUAGUUGAGAAAUGUGAAAUAGCUCGUAAGGUCCACUAAUUUGAACAUGUUUUAACCCGUCUGCGCUGACCUGUUAGUAUUCAAUGCUGUAACUGAACUAAUAUAAAACUUUAAUCGUUCUUAUUAUCUACUUGGAUUGACAAGUGAUGACGUGAAUUGAUUUGUUAACUAGUUUCGAUCCGGAAGUGAAUGUGUUCGAGCUCGCACGUGCGUGAAAGAGGUUCGAAAUUCCAUUGGUUCAUGAUCAUUUUUGUUCUAAUAGUUAUGAAUGAUCGAAACCAAGACUAUAGAGAGAGAUUAUUUUGGACGAUUUUGUUGCCAUGUGGUAUAUAUAAUGUUUGGGGUACCAUUAAAUCAUAUACAAUGUACCAUAAGGUUUAUAUUCUGUUAAAUAAACAUAUUGAUAUAAUGUGGGGUUUUAGAUUCCAGUUUUGUCAAUUACUACAGUAUUCAUUUAAAUUAAAAGGCUGUUUACUAUUUUCGACCAAUUAUCAUAUUUUUCAUCGGAAAAUUCGUUACAUGUUUAACCUUCUAGAAAUAUUUUUAAUAUAGUUUAUAAGCCUUCUGUAAAUAGCAGCACAUUUUCACAGCUAAUCAAUCAAUCAUCACUUAAUUAUUAUUCAUCUUUAGAACAUGAUUCAAUAUUACAGAACAUUUUUGUAGACACAAAACACCAAGAAAAGAGUUUGCAAAAGCGAUACAUAUAAAAAUGGAAUAAUGUUUUCUGUUGAAUAAUGUUAUACAUGGUUACAGCUCUCUCAUUUAGAGAACAAGUUUACACACAUAUACGUUGAAGUUGCAGAUUGUCGUAGCACUCUGAGAGCAUUCUUGCAAAGCUCACAGAAAUAGUCCUAAUUUGAAGCACGUAGCUAAGAAUUCUACCCUCUACAUGAUUCCUUGUAGCUUGUUUUUCUAAAAUUUUGAUAAUCGAAUGUCUGGGACAGACAAACAAUUUCCCUUUCAGAGUUUAAUUGAUACACUCGACAUGUGGUGCCACAUCCGGUUUCGAUCCGGAAGUGAGCUAGGAUUCCCCUUUCUACCAGUAGGCGGCAGUUGUGUUGGUAUAGAUACAUUAGGUAACAAUCGACUGUUCGAAUAAGGUUGUGAUUUGCUGACAUUGUGUGUUAUGAGUAUACGGGUCUCUGGAGUUUGUGUGGCUGCUACCUAACGUUAUUGCCAAGGUACUCAUAUAGAGAGAGAAUAUAUAUAUGAUGUGUAAAUGUAGAAUGUGUAGGUUUUCUUUACAUUUCUUCAAUUUUAAUCGUGUUUGGGCUUGAAGUCGUUUUUUUAAGCUAUAAAGAUACGAGGCGCGAUGUAGACUGUAGUGCUCUAAUUUGACCCUCUAUUAAUCUGUGGAUUAUAUAUAUGAAUAUAUACAUACAAUGUGUUGUAUAAAUAUAUAUGAGUAUAUACAUUCUACGUGUACAUUGCAGUUGUAGGUAAUUUGAUGGGUUUGGACUUGAACUCGAGUCUGUUGAAUAUAUAGAUUAUAAUGUAUAGUGACUACAGAAUUAUGAGAAUUAGAGGAGAAAUGUAUUGCUGGUUAAUUCGUAUAUAUUGCGUGUAUGCAAAGAGAAUACGGUUUAUUCUUAUAUAAUAUUAAUUUUGAUGGGUUUGAGGCUGAAACUUUGAACGUCUUUAAGAUAUGAAGAUAUACAGGUAGAGUAGUUAGUUCACAACUUACGACUGAACUAUAUACAUUCCCUCUCAAACUCAGAAUAAAGUUAGAGAGAGAAUGUUAUUUUUGGUGGAGAAAUGAACAGUUAUUAAUAACUUCAAACGUUUUGUUCGCAGCGUCAGGAUAGCGUAUAUGUAAACGCUGCCGGUUGGUUUUUGGUAAAAUGUUCUGACCCUAAAGUUUUUUGGUAAAUUCUUGUUUACCUAACAGACUUCAAACCGUCGGUUCUCAGCGUACAUAUAUGGAUUGCAUGUCCUUUCAAAUUUGAGCGAAGAUCCUUGUCCACUUAACUCCCUAAUAAUUUUGUCACAAAGCCAGAACUACCGCAGUCAAUCUCUUAUUUGUUCACAAUCAGCGCUCCUGACUCUUCGUAGCUAAGUUUGGCUAAAACGAAACCUGAUGAAUUGAUCUUUUGUUUUGUAGAACCGAAUGCCCUGAUGAGGCAGUACUUCGUGUUUGAACGUAAGUUAAAUUUUGCGUGACUGUAAUUUGUGUUUCCUUUCACAUGAUUCGACUACUCGUAUGCGAUUCACGAUUGUCAUUUUGGCGUAUGAAAACGACUGCUGACACCACUAUUCCUGUUCAUCAGUUCAUGGUGAAAUUUGAAAUGUGACAUCUUUACACGCAUUUAUUCGAAUAGAUACGCCAGGAUAAGAAUCGUAUACGACUAGUCCCGUGUAGACGGACCUUAUGAUGUAAUGUUCAUGGAUUGCACUUCCAAAUUCCCACAGCUAGAGUAAGUAUAAAUAGAACAUCAUCGUAUAAAAAAAUUACACAAGAAGCUAAAAUUAGACAGGUCAGCUUUGUUUACUGUAGUACAAGGAAGUUAAACAUUGCCAGCAAUGUGAAAGGACGCGGUCAUCGACGUUUUUCUAUCAGCAGUAUUUUGGCUUGUAUGUUUGUCUGGUCACGGGACUGCAUCAGAAAUAUCAGAGUGGUGAAGUAUGUUGACGCGCAUCAUGUGAAUUACCUCGAUACGUCCUGCACUCGUAUGACACGUCUUGCACGUUUCACCAGGAAAUACAAGCUUGUUGAUGGCACAAGUAUUUAGUAUAAGCUUGAUCUGUGUUUGCUAGUGUGGGUAGUGCCAAGAAAAUUAACAAGCUUUCGUUGGUAGGGAUCCAACUACCUGAAAAAUAGAAGGAGAAUUUCGACGUUUCGAACGAAGGCCCUUCGUCUAACUCCUGACGAAGCGCCUUGGCUCGAAACGUCGGAAUUCUUAUAUUUUUCAGGUAGUUGCAUUUCCAACGAAAGCUUGUUCAAGUAUUUAGUAUAUUGAUCCAUAUCUGUGACUGGGGUCUGAUUUCUUCAAUUUGCAGUUGUCCGAUUAUAAUUUAAUCUCGGUCACAUAUGAGGGAAUUGCAUCUAAUUGUUUCCGCCGAGCACUUUUAUUUCUUCCUGAUCCUCACUGGACCUCUAGGGAGAACAGUUUAGAGCUGAUAGAGCUAUCCAGUAUAAAUAAAGUUAGUUUAGUUUAGGUUUCCUCCUGUAGUAACACUGGAUCAAUAAGAGAUGAUCCUUACUGGACCUCUAGGGAGAACAGUUUAGAACUGAUAGAGCUAUCCAGUAUAAAUAAAGUUGGUUAUAUUUAGGUUUCCUCUUGUAGUAACACUAGAUCAAAAAGAGAUGAUCCUUACUGGAUCUCUAGGAAGAACAGUUUAGAACUUAUAGAGCUAUCCAGUAUAAAUAAAGUUAGUUUAGGUUUCCUCCUGUAGUAACACUGGAUCAAUAAGAGAUGAUCCUUACUGGACCUCUAGAGAGAACAAUUUAGAUCUGAUAGAGCUACCCAGUAUAAAUAAAAUUAGUUUAGUUUAGGUUCCUCCUGUAGUAACACUGGAUCAAUAAGAGAUGACCCUUACUGGAACUCUAGGAGUCUAGGGAGAACAGCUUCCUUUUUUCCAUCCAACAUUUAACAAACAUACGCGUAUAUCAUGAUCUAUACAAAUAAGGGAAUGCUAUUGGAUAAGGUUUUGUGUGACGUAAUUCCGUCUGUCCUCUAAUAGAUCAUGGCUCUCGACCAAUGAAAACGCUUGAAUUCUUAACGUUAUUAUAUCAUUUUAGCUGGACAAUUAUCUCAGCUGCAACCUCUGGUAGAGUAUCAACAACGCAUGUUGCAAGACCUCACAGACAGCGCAAAGAGAUAUCGAGAAGUUUUAAAAAUUAACGAAGCACUGGAGAAAAAAUUGGAAAAUGCCAGCAAAGAUUUAGAAUUUGAGAAAGCGAAGAGAAAACAUUUUGAAAAUAGGUAAUUUGGUUGUUUUUUAUUGUUUUUUUCCCAAUAGAUUAAUUUAUUAAAUUCUUAUUAGUAGGUUAAUAUAUAGUGGAUCUCCAUAAUGGUGGGAUCUCGAAUGGUCUGUGUGCCAGUUAGUAGUGACCUGUUACAAAUUACUACCUGUUAAAAAUCUGUUACCUUUCUUCUUUGAAUAUUACCCGAAUAUUACACAUAUAAAAAUCUUAUUUAGGGCAUGGAUAAUAAAAUAAAUGGAUAGGAAACUAGCUGACGUGACCUAAUGUUUUCAAUGGGCUGAUGGCGUGGUUGGAUGUUCAAACCUAGUUGCAAACCAAAUUCUCAAAAACGGCAUGUUUAGCAAUAAUGCAGCAAAACAUUUUAGUCAAAGAGCAAUUAAAUAUAACCACGCCAUUCUACGAUGAAAACUCUAUGUAUUCCCAGUCAAUUUUAGCAAAUAUUUCAAGCACUAAACAGUGAAAAAUACAUCGCAAAUUUCGUUAAAAUUUGUGACGCCAAUAGACAACUUGCAUGUUAGACUAAUUUUUUAUUUAGGCAAAAAAAAGUAAAUUCCCGUAAAGAAUUUAUUGAAAUUAGUAAAGUUGCAAAAUUUGGUUGCGAAAUGUUGUAAAAUACAGAAAAUAUAGCCUUGCGAAGUUUGCAUAUUUUCAGUAUGUUUAUAUUACGUGCGGAAAUUGUUACCAUUUUUGAGCCGAAAAUGGUAACAAUUUCCGCACGUAAUACAAAUAUACUGAAAAUAUGCAAACUUCGCAAGGCUAUAUUUUCUGUAUUUUACAACAUUUCGCAACCAAAUUUUGCAAUUUUACUAAGUUCAUUAUCUUCUUUUUAACUGUUGUGUUUUAUUUCCUUCUCUUUACUUAGAUUAAAAUUUAGUCUAACAUGCAAGUUGUCCAUUUCGUAGCUACAAAUGUAAAAAAAAAAUACAAAACAAAGACGAAAAACAUUUAUCUUGAAUACUUUGUCGUGGCUUAGGCAUGUUUUUAAAACAAUUAGACCAGUUUAUGCUUCAAGAUCACCCUUUUAAAGUGGAAAAUAUAGCCAAAAAAAACAAAAAUGCCCAGAACUUUGGUAAUAUUCGCAAUACGCGUGACGUCACGUUUUCAACAAGGAUGAGUCAAUGACGUCAGGAAGUUUCCUUAUCCAGUUAUUUUACAAUCCAUGUUUAGGGUUAGUGCAGUGGACGGUGAAGUGGAUUGGGACACAGGUUAGGGUUAAUGGCAUAUUUUGAUUAUCUUUUCCGUUUCUCAGGCUGACGCAGGAGAUGGAAAUUGAUGAAUCCUUGAUAAAGAAUGAGUUGCUGCUUUGUCACGAGUACGAUGAAAUGGAGAAAGGCAUAGCAGAUCGAGAUGUCUACAUCAUCGUGCUUCAAAUGAAGUUGCUUUCGGAGAAAGAAGAAGUGGAAAAAUUGAAGAAGACGAUGGAGGAACUGGAACAUAAGAAUGAGAAGAUGGCAAGAGAAUUGAGACGCGUUUCAAUGAGUUAUAAUCAAGAAAGGUAGGUUGUUGGUGAGGGGGGAGAGAUGUUUGUUGAUAGUUGUGUUAGUGAGAAUUGAUGGUGGUGGUGUUGAUGGUGGUGAUGAUGAUGAUGAUGAUGAUGGUGAUGUUGAUGGUGGUGAUAAUGGUGGUGAUGUUGAUGGUGAAGAUUGAUGAUAAUGGUGGUGAUGGUGAUGUUGAUGGUGAAGAUUGAUGAUGGUGGUGGUGAUGAUGAUAAUGAUGAUGGUGAUAAUAUAAGUGGCGAUGGAAGUGGUGAUGAUGGUAGUUAAUGGACCAUUUGCGUAAUAGACUAAAUUUUGAUCUAGACAAGUUGAGAAAUGUUGUAAAAUGCGGAUAAUAUAGCCAUGCGAAGUUUGCCGUUUUUCAGUCAUUUUGUAUUACGCAUGGGAAAUUGACAGCCUAAUCGGGUGUUGGGGCAUCAAUUUCCCGUUUGUAAUACAAAAUGACUGAAAAUUGCAAAUUUCGCAAGGCUAUAUUAUCCGCAUUUUACAACAUUUUGCAACGAAACUUCGGAAUAUUAUUAAUUUUGCGAUGCUCUUUCAAGCUGUGAUGCAAUUUGUGUCUAGAUCAAAAUUUAGUCUAUAAUGCAAAUGGUCCAUUGUAAUGAUGGUCAUUCUUGAUAUUUAAACAAUACUGAUCAUUUUUCUUGAACCUUGUCCAGAUGUCAAUCUUUAAAACUCAGUGAAUGUAUCCGAAUACAAGGUGACGAAAUACAAAAAAUUGACGAACUACGAAAACAACUCCGAGAAUGUAAAUAUAAAAACAUCGUCGCGACGGAGGAACGAGACUCGAAGAUCCAGGAAUUGGCGGAACUCGCGAAAUGGACAGAGGCUCUGAAAACGCGUUUUGAUGCCAUUGAAAAAGAGAGACAGAGUUCGGUUGAGAAAACUGAAGUCGUCUCAAAUAAUUGCGUCUUUCUGCAAGAAACUGUCAGGUUAGUAGAGUACAAUUUUGAACGGUUUGUGCAACAACAACAACAACAACAACAACAACAACAACAACAACAACAACAACAACAACAACAACAACAACAACAACAACAACAACAACAACAACAACAACAACAACAACAACAACUCAGUUUAUUUCAACAAGUCAAUCUUUUCAAAGACAAUUUCACACCAAAAACAAAGACAAACGACAACAAACAAAAUUAAUGAAUAAUAAAGCCUAGAUGAAAUUGCAACAACGAGAAAUUAAUAACCUUGCAAACGAGUUAUUAUGUUAGAAAAUCAAUAACUUUCAAGAAAGUUUUCUUUAACUUUCAGUUUAAAUAUAUUCAAAGAAAAGAGAUUUAAAAUUGUCAGCAAUAGAAUUCCAUAUGGGCAGUGUGGGUAGGAAUGUGAAAAAUACAAGGAGAACUUCGAUGUUUCGAGCGAAUGCGCUUUAUAACUUCCCGAUGAAGUGCCUGCGUUCGAAACGUAGUUCUCCUUGUAUUUUUCACGUGGUUGUAUCAGCUAUCCAUCCAAAGCUUUCUUCAGUAGAGUACACUAUUUUCUGUACUUGUUUAGCCUUGUUUUCACGGAUGCUUUAGACAUUGAGUUCAUCUGUUUUUGUCCAGAGAAUUCUAAAUGAUGUUGGUCUCACAGUGAUUAUUGCAUGUCUUUCACCCCCUCUGUGACCGAGUUAGCUUCUUGCAAUGUGCAGUUGUCUCAUAAUUUGGGUUCCUGUUUGACUCUACUUUCUCCGGGUACUUAUUUUCAUGCAGUAAAAGCUCUAGAAAGCAUCUCUAGAAAGAACAGUUUGAAACUGAUAAGGCUAUCAUCAUAGACAAAUAUAACAUGACUCAAAAUAACGGCCGGUCAAUGGACAAUGACCGGCCAAAAAUGACGUCUUGACCGGUCACUUUUUUACCUCAUCGGUUAUUUUGACCGGCCACAUUUUCAUGCCUUCCAACGAUCGAAACAAGUUUCCAAUAGUUUGUUUCACUGUUAGUAUAAGCGUAUCAAUGACCGGUCAAAAACAGAUUUUGACCGAGCUAAAAUCAAGACCUAUCUCCCUUUAUUUUGUGCCCUGUAUUGUCGGGCCUACUGUGACAGUAAGGGAUGCCCUAAAUGGGAACAGUUUAGAGCCGAUAGAACUAUCCAGUGUAAGUCAGCUUGGUAUAGGUUAAAACAUUAAAAUAUUUUUACCUUUCAUCCGCAGGACUUUAAGCCAAAAACUCUCCUCGGCGAAUCUGGAACUUGAAGAGAUGAAAAAACGCAACGAACUACUGGCGCAAGAUUGUGAACUUUUUAAAACGCAGCGAAACUACGCUCUCGAGGCGAGACGAGAGGCCGUCGACAGCAGAGACAAAGUGACUUCAGAAAAAGAUGCAAUCCAAGCACACUACAAUGAUCUGCUUGGGAAACGUGAACAAAUGAACGAAGAAAGAAGUCAUCUUAUACAGAGUUAUGACUCGCUGCAUGCGAGGUAAAAAAAACUUUGCCCUAUUCCAAACACCAACUUUAAUCCUAACCUUUCCCUACUCCAAGUUUGUUUCUAAACCAAUCUUGAGGAAAAAGGUUUUGACGAAAUGUCAUUCUGAGGUCGGCGAACUAACUUUCUGAACAUGGGUGUUAAGGUUUCCUUCAAAUUUUCAAUAGCAAAUCUUCAUUCAAAUAAAUUUCCUGCAGUUGUUUAACAUUCCCUGCGAGCAGUUCUCGCCUAUUUUUUCCACCACUGCAAUACACUUUACUGUUUGUUGCACUUUUGCCUCAAAUGGCUUCGUUUCCAUGUUUGUGGCUGUUUUAGCAUGGCGGGUGCAUAUGAAGGUUAUAACCCCAUGUAUUAAUAGACAAUUUCCAUUAUAAACUAAUUUUAAAACUGGGCAAGGAGAUGCAAAUAAAUCACCACAGCUAGAAAGAGCAUACUAAAAUUAGUAAAAUUGCAAAGUUUGGUUGCGAAAUGUUGUAAAAUGCGGAAAAUAUAGCCUUGCAAAUUUCGCAAGUUUUGUAUACUUUUGUAUUGCGCGCGGAAAUUCCUACCACAUUCAUACCACAUUUGGGCCGAAAAUGGUAGCAAUUUCCGCACGCAAUACGAAAGUAUACAAAAUUUGCAAACUUUGCAAGGCUAUAUUUUCCGCAUUUUACAACAUUUCGCAACCAAACUUUGCAAUUUUACUCAUUUUAAUAUGCUCUUUCUAGCUGUGGUGAUUUAUUUGCAUCUCCUUGCCUAGUUUUAAAAUUAGUCUAUAAUGGGAAUUGUCUAUUCUAUUCUUCUUAGAUAUGAGAAAACGUCAGAAGAAUUGACUCGAGUUAAAACUGCUCUGAAUGAAAAGGAAAUGGAGGUGGAAGAUUUGAUUAGAAAAUUGAAAGAAGCGAAUGAUAAGGUAUGUAUUUCAAAUUAUUAUUUAAGGCGGUUUACACUUUCAAAGUGUCUGUGAUCACAGUAGGAAUUUUGCAUGAGUAAAUUGUAAGAAUUGAAGGAUUUGUAAGAAAUGUUUGAGGGAACUAACUUCUGUAAAUCCCAAUACAUCAAAAUGCACUAUGGUGUGAUGAGCACCACCAAAAGAUGAUUUUCACAAAGGAUUCAGUAUUUUUCUUCUCUGACUUCUGUAAAUCCCAAUACAUCAAAAUGCACUAUGGUGUGAUGAGCACCACCAAAAGAUGAUUUUCACAAAGGAUUCAGUAUUUUUCUUCUCUGACUUCUGUAAAUCCCAAUACAUCAAAAUGCACUAUGGUGUGAUGAGCACCACCAAAAGAUGAUUUUCACAAAGGAUUCAGUAUUUUUCUUCUCUGACUUCUGUAAAUUCCAAUACAUCAAAAUGCACUAUGGUGUGAUGAGCACCACUAAUAGAUGAUUUUCACAAAGGAUUCAGUAGUUUUCUUCUUUGCAGUUCUGUUUUCGUCCGACAUGGCGAAAACGUCGUUCUUUCUGAAAAAAAAAACAACAAAUGCCUCUUUACUGCGCUUGGUGCAAAUUUUUUUUUUAAUUUUGCCGAGAAAAGAGAUCCGUGGAACGAGGUCUUAAUCAUGUAACUUUAUCACAACGAGUUUUUUCGUCUGCAUUUUCAAAUUUUUUUUACAAUGGUUCCAUGCAGACUUUCUGUUUCAAACCUCAUGAUGUAUUAAUAAGUUUUGAACUUUAAUUUGAAGAACCAUCGUAACAGCGUCCUGUUGGAAAAUCUCCCCGGCUUGUCCGAGUGUUCUGAUGGCGGCGGCGAUGAUGAUGACGACACUUCCGGUGCCGCUGAACAGCUGAAUGAGGGCGCAGGUGAAGAGUCCGCUGACCGACGACGUCCUUGGCGGGAACGCCGCAUGAAAUCAUUGCUCAGCAGUAUUAAACACCGUAUUUCAGGCGACCGUGCUGACGAGACCGUACCUCGCGAACACGUGAUUGCGGGCAAUGUGACUUUAGACGUGCUACAGCAUCUGCUACCAAAUCUGAGCACGCGUCCUUGCAGUACAGCGGAGCCUGCCCACACGCCAAAACUGUCGCGCACUUUGCAACGUCAAAUGUGUCUGAGGAAGCAAAAAGUGGAUUGUGCUCUCGAGAAAAAUCGCGCGAAAACCGCCCCCUGUGGAUUGGAAAAUGCUUUGCAGGAUAUUUUCACGUUUGAUAUAGAUUCGCAGGGGGGCGUGAAGUCAGCGAGUUCUACUCCAAAUUUAGGCUACCCUGACGAUGUCAACGUGGUGCCGGAAUUUAUCCGAGCCCGUUCAUGCAACGUAAAUAAGGGGUUCCGACGAGCCAAUUCCGCACAAUGA